CCCAUGACGUCUUCAGUUGGCCAGCCACGCGUCCUGCUGAUAAAAGGACCGGGCUGAGGGCCUGGGGGGAGCCUGCAUGGCGUUCCGAGCCAGGGCAGGGGCCUGGAUGGCGGGGCCCCGGCUGUGCCUGCGCCAGGCACACGCACUGGCCGCCAGUGCCCCUCCGGCCCCCAAAGCGGUGCUGCCCUUUGAAGCCAUCCCCCGGUGUCCUGGCAGCGAGUGGCUGCGGCUUCUGCGGGUCUGGCGGGCCGGCUGCGAGGACCUGCACCUGCAGAUGCAGGAGGCCUUCCAGCAGCUGGGGCCCAUUUUCAGGUAUGACGUGGGAGGCAGGCACAUGGUGUGCGUGACGCUGCCCGAGGACGUGGACAGGCUGAAGCAGGCGGAGGGCCGUCAACCCCAUCGCAUGGUCCUGGAGCCCUGGGUGGCCCACCGGCAGCUUCGUGGGCACAAACACGGCGUGUUCUUGCUAAACGGCCCUGCCUGGCGCUUGGACCGACAGCGGCUUAACCCAGAUGUGAUGUCACCGCAAGCUGUCCAGAAAUACACCCCCAUGGUGGAUAGGGUGGCGAGGGACUUCUCUAAGGCCCUGAUGGCGAGGGUGCUGCAGAACGCCCGGGGCACUCUGACCAUGGACAUCCAGCCCAGCAUCUUUUACUACACCCUAGAAGCCAGCAACUUGGUCCUUUUUGGAGAGCGGCUGGGCCUGCUCAGCCAGAGCCCGAGCCCAGCCAGCCUGAACUUCAUCCGCGCCCUGCAGGCCAUGCUCAAGUCCACCAUGCAGCUCAUGUUCAUGCCCAGGAGCCUGUCCCGCUGGACAAGUGCCCCGGUGUGGAAGCAGCACUUCGAGGCCUGGGACUACAUCUUCCAGUAUGCCAAUGACUGCAUCCAGAAGAUCUACCAGGAGCUGGCCCUCGGCCGCCCCCAGCACUACACAGGCGUGGUGGCAGAGCUGCUCCUGCACGCAGACAUGACCCUCGAUGCCAUCAAGGCCAGCUCCAUCGACCUCACUGCUGGGAGCGUGGACACGACAGCCUACCCCUUGCUGAUGACCCUCUUUGAACUGGCGCGGAACCCUGAGGUGCAGGAGGCCCUGCGUCAGGAGAGCCUGCUGGCAGAGGCCAGGAUCUCAGAAAACCCCCAGAGGGCACCUGCAGAGCUGCCCCUGCUGCGGGCCGCCCUCAAGGAGACCCUGAGGUUGUACCCCGUGGGUAUCACUGUGGAGCGGCAAGUGAGCUCGGACCUGGUCCUGCAGAACUACCACAUCCCCGCUGGGACACUGGUCCUCGUGCAGCUCUACAGCCUCGGUCGGAAUCCCUCCGUGUUCCCGAGGCCCGAGGUCUAUGACCCCCAGCGCUGGCUCAAAAAGGGAUCCAGCACCAGGCUCCCCCACUUGGCCUUUGGCUUUGGCGCACGACAAUGCCUGGGAAGGCGCGUGGCCGAGACCGAAUCGCUUCUCCUGCUGCACCACGUGCUGAAACACUUCCAGGUGGACACGCUAACGCAAGAGGACGUAAAGAUGGUCUACCGAUUUGUACUGAUGCCUUCCACCAUUCCGCUCCUUACCUUCCGGGCUAUCAGCUAGUCGCAUGACCACAGCACCAGCCCGGCCAUGCCUCCAGCCCCCCUCUGCCUCACCCCGGGCCAUCUCUCUUUCUCUCCUGGGCCCUGCUUUCUGAGCCUCACCACGGUCCAGCCAGCACCUCACACAAAUGUAACAGCCCGGGCCUCUGAGGUCAGGCUUUGCCAGGUGGGGCAGAGCUGGGGAUAAGUCUUGGCUGCAGGUCCUGGUUAUGUUCCAAUCCCACCAACACCUUCUCCUACAAGGAGCACCUUCAGAGGGCCUUGACGCCUACCCCAGCACCCCAGCACCCCAGCACCCCAGCACCCCAGCACUGGCUCCAGGCUUCUCAUGUGUCCACCCAGAGGGCCUCCGACCUUGUCCCUUGCCUCCCUGUCCAGUCUCAUAAGCCCUCCACACCCAAAUCCCACCCCCCCCAUGCGAGAGCUGACUGUGUGGGUCCCCUGUCCUGCUCUUUGUCUUUCAAACUCCGGGCUUCUUGUCUGUGAUGCUCCUGCCCAGAGUAGACCCUCUGGUCUGCAGCUCUGCCCACCCACCUGCUCUGCCCAGCCCCUGCUCUGCCCACCCACCUGCU